AUGGCUUAUGUGCUCGCAAAGCAGAAGCCAAACUGGGAGCCGGGAACGAAAAGCGGAUACCAUGCCAUCACAUUCGGCUGGAUUGUUGACCAAAUUGUGCGACGAGCCGAUCCCGAGGGCAGAUCGGUGGGACGAUUUUUCAAAGAAGAAGUGGCUGAUAAGUACGGAAUCGACUUUCAUAUUGGACUUCCAAGUUCUGAAGAGCAUACGGUAUCACGACUCUCUAUGCCAUCCACGGCUCACCUUCUCAAAGAAAUUCUUCACGAUCCA